UGGCGGCCUGCUCUAUCUCGGCUUCUCGACCUCUCCUUCUCGCCGUUUAGCCGGCCUCCUCUCCGGCUCUCCCGACGACCGGACUCCGGAGCCCCAGCGGCCAGCGCGGCGCUCAAGCCACCCAGCCGGCAGGAUCUAGGAGGCUGAGGCCGGCAGGCAGCCCGCCCGUGCGGCCGCGAGCCGGCUCUCCCUCAGUCCCUCUCGCUGAGUCUCCGCCGGCCGCCGCAUCCGUCUCUCCCUCUCGCUCGCUGCUCAAGGGAAACGAUGCGGCGAGCAGCAGCGGCCGCCUGUUGGGGCGCCGCCGUGUGGGCGGCAUCUUCCUUCCACUCCUCCGCCGCAGCGCUCUCCAAAUCCACGCCUCGUAUCCGGUUCUCCGUCCAUGAAAAGCGUGGGGAUGCAAAGAGCGCCCUUAAAAGCCUUCUGCUCAAUGGCACCCCAUAUCAGGAAAGCAGCAACAAACAAUUGAGAAAUCAGAAAGGUAGUGGUAGAUCAAAGGUCCAGGGCUCUUCUCCUGGAAAAAGUCCAUAUGGGAAAAAUAAGCGUGGACAUAAGUGGAAAGGCUUUGAUGAUGAUGAAUGCGCAGACACACCAUAUGGUACCUUCGGUGGCAAGAGAUCUUUUACAUGGUACUGGCCCGGGGAGAAUGACGGCCUUGGUAGUUCACCCAGUGGUUUUCAAUGGAGGGAUGAAUCUCAGUCUUCCAAAUCAAGGGAAAAGUUCUGGAAUGAAAGUGAUAUUGAUGAGGAAGAGGAGUUGGGCCAUGAUGAUCUGCGAAGCUAUAGGGCCUCUCUUGGAUUGCCGGUUUUAGGCCCCUUACAGUUAGAUCAAAUUAAGGCUGCUUUUCGUGCAUCUGCACUCAAGUGGCACCCGGAUAAGCAUCAAGGACCUUCACAGGGUCAAGCAGAGGAAAAAUUCAGACGCUGUGUGGAAGCGUAUAAUGCAUUAAGUCGUGCCUUCAAGUCAAGUGACUAGUGAAUUUUUGGAAGGUUAUUUUUUCUGGACUUCUAACGAUUGCGUCGAGCUGUUGAAGUUUCAGAAAACAGAGAAACUAUUAGAAGAAAGUGAAGCUGAGUUUUGGCUUCAUGUUCAUAACGAAAUGUAAAGAAUAAUAUGCAUCAAAAAACAGAGAUUGGGUCGGUCCUGUCAAACCAACUGAGGCAAAGCAAAUGCAAAAUUUCAGGGACCAUUUCUAUGUUUGCUUCCAUCGUCACUGUAGGAGUAAAUACUGCUCCACAGAUAGUUUGUUGUAACAAAAAAAUAACGUUGCAAGCUGUGGUAGUGUCGGCAAAUACGUUGCUUGACCUCAAAGAGAGCAGAUCAUACUGACAUUGUAAAAAUCAGAGGAGUUUAGUGGUGAAACAGAUGAACAGAAAUCAAGAUUCACUGGCUGUAUUAUCUUCAGUUUGUUGGUUUAAUAUAUCUACGUUAUCCUAAUUUAUAA